CACGUAACCUCACUUUCGCGAAAUCUGACAACUUGCCAACAAAACAAAAACAGGCAAAAGCCAACCCUUGCGGAAUAUGGCAAGUUGGACGCAAAAUAAAGGGUUGUGCAAAGUAUUGCUAUUAUGCAUAUCGUGGUACUUAGUCAGUUCUACAAACAACAUCAUAGGAAAAACGGUGUUAACCCAUUUUCCCUACCCAAUGACCAUGACCAUGGUCCAGUUGCUUACCAUAACAGUUUUAAGCGGGCCCCUCUUUGAUAUGUGGGGCAUCAGAAGGUUCGUGGACAUACCUUGGGAUUAUUAUUGUAAAUUAAUCUUGCCUUUGGCUUUUGGAAAGUUUAUGGCAAGUGUAUUUAGUCAUGUCAGUAUUUGGAAAGUUCCUGUGUCCUAUGCGCAUACUGUGAAGGCAACAAUGCCCCUGUUCACAGUGAUCCUCUCCAGGGUAAUUAUGGGUGAAAAACAAACUUAUAAAGUAUACUUGAGUCUUGUACCCAUAAUUUCUGGAGUGGCAGUGGCUACCUUAACAGAAAUCAGUUUUGAUAUGGUGGGCUUGGUUUGUGCUCUAGUCUCUACAGCGGGAUUUUCUUUACAACAUAUUUUCUCCAAAAAAGUAUUAAAAGACACUUCAGUACACCACUUAAGAUUGCUACACAUUUUGGGAAGACUUGCACUAUUUAUGUUCUUACCUGUGUGGCUCUAUACAGAUUUUUGGACUCUGACUCAAAAUAAAAAGGCAUUGGUUCAUCAAGAUUAUAGGAUCAUGGCUCUUCUGUUUAUAGAUGGCUUACUAAACUGGCUACAAAACAUCAUAGCUUUCAGUUUGCUACAUUUAGUCACCCCACUUACCUAUGCGGUAGCAAACUGUAGUAAAAGAAUUUUUGUGAUUGGGGCCUCAUUGUUUCUACUCGGAAAUCCGGUGACGUCCAUGAACGUAGUCGGUAUGCUUAUGGCAAUAUUUGGAGUCCUGUUUUAUAAUAAGGCAAAAUACGACCAAAGACACUCGGAAAUGAAGGAAACUGUACUGCCUUUGUCACAAAAAAUCAAAAAUCCGGACAAGAUUGUUUAUAGUACGAAUGGAGGAUAUGCUAAUGGAUAUAGUGAUAUCAAUGGUGUUAACAAUAAUUACAGUUAUAAUUCACGGACUAUACGUUCAAAAGGGAAUUUGUUGUUUUCAUAAGGAAUUUUCAUUUUUUAGGUACUGAUAAGGAAGGCCUCGGCUUUAACAAGCUUGAACUUCUGGAUCUGGUUAAUUUUUUGUGACAUGAAAUUGUUUAACUGGUUGAAAAUAAUUAGUAAACCUUUUUUGCAUGCUGUCUUGAAUCCCAAAUUGAUAUUGACACUAAAUGAAAUUAUGUAUUUUAUCAAAAUAUGCUCAAAUAAAGUGUGAUAGGUAAGUAAAUUCAGAUCUUGCUUUUAAUUGAAUUGUGAAAGUUUAUAAUAUAAUUUAUUCAUGAUUGAGUGACCAUAUUGUACAUACAAUAAUUAAUUAUAUUUGAUUACAAAGGUUGUACAGCAUACCAAAAAAAUUAUUCAUUUAUGUAUAUUAACAGUAUUUAUGCAAUAUUUUUUGCAGCAAUUAAAACUUUCUGUAUAAAAAUUGAACUUUUCAUUAAACAACUAUGUAAAUAUUAUUGUAAUAAAUUUAGUACUGUA